AUGAAAGGGGACGAUGUUCAGAAUGGCAGAACAGAAAAUGCCGAAAAUUCCAAAAGGGAAAAAUACUUGCUCAGCGAUUUGUUUAAGACUAAACUAGCUCAGGCUCUGACGUCCCUCGUGCGGCAGAAGCAGUUUGUCUCCAAUCGGCCACCGUCGCGUCAGCGUUGCGCAGUAGUUUGUCCGUUCGCCGCCGCCGUCCCAGGACUAGUCACCGAGUUACUGGGCAGGGGAACGUGUGUUUCGGGGGAGCCGGCUGGCGUUGCCGGCACCAUGGAGUCACCUUUUAGUCCGGGACUCCCUCACCGGCCGGAUGAAGACUGGGAUUCUGCCCUGUUUGCUGAACUUGGCUAUUUCACAGACACUGAUGACCUGCAAUUGGAUGCAGCAAAUGAAACUUAUGAAAGUAAUUUUGAUAAUCUUGAUUUUGACUUGGAUUUGAUGCCUUGGGAGACAGGCAUUUGGGAUGUCAACAAUCACUUCUGUACAGAUAUUAAGACAGAACCUCAGCCACUUUCGCCAGCCUCCUCAAGUUGUUCAAUCCCAUCUCCUCAAUCAGUGGACUCUUACUCAUCAACUCAGCAUGUUCCUGAGGAGUUGGAUUUGUCUUCUACUUCUCAGAUGUCUCCUCUUUCCUUAUAUGGUGAAAGCUCUAAUAACCCCUCCUCAGCAGAGCCACUGAAGGAAGACAAGCCCAUCAUUGGUCCUAAGAGCAAAACUGAAAAUGGACUGACUCCAAAGAAAAAAAUUCAAAUAAAUUCGAAACCUUCAAUUCAGCCCAAGCCUUUAUUACUUCCAGCAGCACCCAAGACUCAAACAAACCCCAGCGUUCCAGCAAAAACCAUCAUUAUUCAGACACUACCAACACUUAUGCCAUUGGCAAAGCAGCAACCAAUUAUCAGUAUACAUCCUGCACCCACUAAAGGUCAGACCGUGGUGCUCUCUCAGCCUACCGUGGUUCAGCUCCAGGCACCUGGAGUUCUGCCCUCUCCUCAACCAGUCCUUGCUGUUGCUGGGGGAACCGCGCAGCUCCCUAAUCACGUGGUGAAUGUGGUACCAGCCCCUGUGGCAAACGGCCCAGCAAAUGGGAAACUUUCUGUGACUAAACCUGUCCUACAAAGUACGAUGAAAAAUGUGGGUUCCGAUAUUGCUGUGCUAAGGAGACAGCAACGUAUGAUUAAAAAUCGAGAGUCAGCUUGUCAGUCCCGCAAGAAGAAGAAAGAAUACAUGCUAGGCUUAGAGGCAAGGUUAAAGGCAGCCCUUUUAGAGAAUGAGAAGCUGAAGAAAGAGAAUGGUUCACUGAAGCGGCAACUGGAUGAAGUUGUAUCAGAGAACCAGAGGCUUAAAGUUCCUAGUCCGAAGCGAAGAGCUAUCUGUGUGAUGAUAGUUUUGGCAUUUGUAAUACUGAACUAUGGACCCAUGAGCAUGUUGGAACAAGAUUCCAAGAGAAUGAAUCCUAGUGUGAACCCUACAAAUCAAAGGAGGCAUCUUCUAGGAUUUUCUGCUAAAGAGGAGCAAGACACAUCAGAUAAUAUCAUCCAGAAAAACAGCUACAGAUAUGACCAUUCUGUUUCAAAUGACAAAGCCCUGAUGGUGCUAACUGAAGAACCAUUACUCUAUAUUCCUCCACCUCCCUGUCAGCCCCUGAUAAACACAACAGAAUCUCUCAGGUUAAAUCAUGAACUUCGAGGAUGGGUUCAUAGACAUGAAGUGGAAAGGACCAAGUCAAGAAGAAUGACGAAUAAUCAACAGAAAACUAGUAUUCUUCAGGGUGCUCUGGAACAGGGCUCAAAUUCUCAGCUCAUGGCUGUCCAAUACACAGAAACCACUAGUAUCAGCAGGAACUCAGGGAGUGAGCUACAGGUGUAUUAUGCUUCACCCAGAAGUUACCAAGACUUCUUUGAAGCUAUCCGCAGAAGGGGAGACACAUUUUAUGUUGUGUCGUUUCGAAGGGAUCACCUGCUGUUACCAGCUACCACCCAUAACAAGACCUCAAGACCAAAGAUGUCAAUUGUAUUACCAGCAAUAAACAUAAACGAGAAUGUGAUCAACGGGCAAGAUUACGAAGUGAUGAUGCAGAUUGACUGUCAGGUGAUGGACACCAGAAUCCUCCACAUCAAAAGCUCGUCAGUUCCUCCUUACCUCCGGGAUCAGCAGAGGAAUCAAACCAACACCUUCUUUGGUUCCCCUCCAGCAGCCCCAGAGGCAGCCCAUGUUGUCAGCACCAUCCCUGAGUCAUUACAAUAGUACCCUGGGGCUACAUUGGAAAACUAAGAAUGGGACCCUGCCAGACUGGUGAGCGGGUGAGAGAAAUGUUUCUUUUUGCCUCGGUGGCAAGCAGAGAACUGCCUCAUAAUAGAGUUCAAGAGAUAGAAGAGGAAAAAACGACGCUGCUCUAUUUCUCACCAUCUGCCUAUCCACUUGAAGAGCACUGAAGCUCAGGCACAAGGCAAGCAGCAGUUCUCCAGGGGCAUAGGUAGCCCUGCAUUCUUCACCGCUGCCUGGUGGAGACUUUUUUUUUCCCCUUGUACUUUUCUAAAUUACUUUUCCCUCUGUAUUUGUUUUGUGUUUAAAUUGUCAUAUUCUUUCAAAUAAGACCCGCUUCCCCUCUCUGCCUUUUCGCUUAUAGGUACCGUACUUUCAUUUAACAGCACACAGAUGUUUCCACUGAUUAGAUCUUUCAUCAACUUAAUGCAAACCAAUUGUGGAUGUAUGCUUAUUGGAAAGCAAAUGUCAGAACUAGCAGAGCCAAAAGCAUCCCCAAGAGAGGCAGACCCUUUGGAGUGUUAGGUAAAAGGAAAAAUCCUCCAGGGGCAAAGUUUAUCUUGGGAUUUGUGGUUCACACCUGAAACGGCACGAGAACAACUGUAUUGGGCGGGGAGGGUAGUGAAUUUGAGAUAAUGAAAUGGAAGAGACGAGGAGGGGGGCAUCUUUUUAAAAGAGGAGAUAGCUCCAUUAAUACAUAUAUUUAAAACACUGAAAGUUUGAUGAGACUGCAGUUUAAUAAAGCCAUUUAUUCUGAGGACCAUGGGCCACUAAGAGUUAGCACACAUAAGUAUUUAUGUCUUUGCUUAUCUGAUUCAGAUCCUCAGAGACCACAGAACAAGUCCUUCGCUUUAUUGUGAAUCUCCACACACUGCACACCUUCUAUUAAUAUGAUACUUCUCUUGAGCAUUGACAGGUAUUUACUCCUUUAAGACUAUGCAGACAGGCAAAUUAGAUUCCUACUGGUGGAGUGCAUCCCAUAAUAUGGCAGUAAUUUUCAGUUCUCCAGUGAAAAGGCAGUGAAGGAAUUCAGUUCUUUUGUCCUCCCUUAUUAAAGCAAAAACAAAACAGAAAAAUAUCUUACUUUGUUCACUUGUACUUUACUUUCUUCUCCUCUGUGAUUUCUACCUUUAGCUCCAAAAAUGGGUCUUUGACCCUCUCCUCCUCUGAAACUUUUCAGUUUCUUAGUAGAAUGCAUUCUGCAAACACCGCUUCUUAUCCUAAUUGACUUGCUUUGGUGAGAUUUCUCCCCUUCCAUUCCACACUGUAUCAGUCUCUUCCUCCCUGCAAGAAAAGAACGAGAAAAUAUAUCAACUCCUCAAGGAUUUAUAUGUAGCCAGUUAGUUUUCUGCCUGUGAAAUUAGCAUGGUUCCUAAAUGAUUCUGAAGACGCACCCACCGGCACUUCUGUCUGGACAGUGAUGCUUCUCUAAGUCAGUUAGAUGCUUUUGGAGGAAAUCAGUGUAACUCUUGUGAGGGGAAGUAGGGGGCUCUGUUGCUCUGUUCCCCGGGAAUCUGGAGUUUGAGAAGUAUCAGUAGCCUCCUUUUCUGUAUGCACAAACCGUUUUAAAUCAGGGCAGCACUCCACUCUGAUUUGGCUGUCCUGGGCAAUUUCAGACAAGAGCCACUUCCCCAGGGGGCCACUCUUCCUUCUACUGGGCACCAAGAAAUAGAAGGCAAGCGCCUAGAAGACCUUUAGGCUGCAGGCCAGUCUUCUCCUGGAAUGUCUUCUCCCGACCCUGAUCCUUCCCAUUCUAUCCUGUGUAUUAUUCCAAACAAGAGGCUGCUGCCAUGGCUAGUAGUUAGUGGCGACACGGUCAUUCCCAAGCUGCCAGUCUUCCCCUGGAACUGAGGUAGUCAUUACGGUGGAUACACAUACAAGUGUGCGUGGAGUGAUUAUAGACGGUACUUCCUUCCUGUCCUUUGCACUGAAUCACGCAAGAGCGAACCAUCACGUGGAGUUCUUGGUUUUAGCACUCGUUUUUACUCUUCCCCUUCAUUCCCAGCUUUUCCUGCACUCAUUUUACCAAGUGGCCAGACUGAAGACUUACGUGUUGUGUCACCUGAAUGCCUGUCUUUCAGGUGGGUUAAGUGUGGAUUAGGAGUACCUGUGAAGUGACCAUAAAAAGCAGUCUGGGAGCCUUGCCUACUUUCACUCACUGACCUUUCUGCUCCUUGUCAUGACCUAUUCUGGAAUUGAUCUUUUUGAGAGGUGGGAACAGGAUUUUCCUCAGGGUAAAGUUUCAGGAAAUGAGUGAAAGGCAACUGACAAGGACAAAGAAAUAUUAUAUUUUUUAAAUUGCUGUCACGGCUACUGCUAAUCCCUGGGCAUAAUGGUAUUUUUAUUUUAAUGCCUGUACGCUAGCUCAAGGUCCUUUAGGAAAUGGAAAGUUUCUGUGCCUGAUGAAUAAAUUAAGCUGUUUUUUCCCUUAAUUGUUGUGGUGAGAUUGCCUUUUGGGGAUGGCAGCCAGGAAUUAUGGCAGAUAUGUGGGUGUAUAUUUAUUUUUUUAAUUUAUUAAGUCUUUAAGUGGUAUUUUGCAAGUUUGGGAGACUAUUAGAUAGGGUCAGGGAGAGGUCAAGUCCACCUGUUACUAGAUGGCUGUGCCCUUUGGGGCGCUGGUACUACUCUCUUGGGAAGUGAUGGUGAAGACUUCUGGGUAUGUUUUUCCCACCUGGUUGCGACUUUUUAAGGCUUCAUGGAAGUAGAUGUUCCCUUGUGCUACCUACCGAGUCAGAUGUCAGGAGCUGCUUCCCCGGGGGGGUUAACUCACUCAGCAGAACAGGGACAUAGCUCCAACAGGACCAUAGUGUGAAAUGUCUCUUUCUAAAGUUAGGGUUUGUGAGAGGAUCAUCUUGAAAGAAAUAUAUUGCUUGCCAUCCUUGUAGUUUAUGUUAUUGGGUAGUGUUUGUCGUUUCACAAGUAAGAAAUUCCCUGUGAUUACGAAAGCUCAGAGCAUCUUCUAAUUUAAAAAAAGAAAAAAAAAAUGACUACAGGCUUCAGAACAAAGCUGGCAUUGCUUCGCCUUCUCUUGUUAGCAAGAAGUAGACACAGAGGUAUUUGAAAGCAGCAAUGUUACGUGAGUCAUUCCUGAGUGUUCUGAAUAAACACUACUUAGAAACAGACAAGAAAUUUGGGAUUCAAACUGAUUUUUCUAGCAUUUUUAAAGAGACACUGUCCCGAUUAAACUUUCCUGCCUUGAAUCUGCCUCUCCUACUGGGGAAUGAACCCCCAGUAGUCACAGCAGUGACACUCUGAUAAGACCCUGCUGCUGUGGCAUCUGGAGUGAUUAAAGCUGGAGAACUCUCAAGCUCUUUGCAGCUUUUGUACUAUUUUCUGAUUCUCACCAUUUUACUAACCUCAGGUGGUGAAACUUGACAAUCAGAGAGAAAAACUUGUAAUUAUAUUUGACUUGCUUAACACAUUGCCAAGUUUCAAAGUAGCUUCCACUGUCAACUAUUAAAAGUAACCACUUUUACUGAAGAGCCAGAGUUAGAGUCCAUGCCCUCUUCAGUCUGACCUCAUGGGAAUUUUCCACCAUGAAAGCCCUCUUUCCACUGCACACUGCUGGGCCAGCUCAGCUUCCUGCCUCAGAGUCCUAGGGCCCAACUUCAAAUGAGACCUUGCAUACUACCCUAUUGGCCAUUUUCGUACAAAUUAACCUCUCAAAUAAGAUAGCUUAAUGCCAAAAUUGAUAGACAUUUUUGACCCUCUA